CUCAUUUUUUUUUCUGCGCGACUCCAGAAGAAGAAGAAGAAGAAGAAGCUCACCAUGCCUCGUGGACAGCAGGGCCCGUCACAGCUGCAGCGCCUGAUGGUAGAGAAACCUCAGCCUGAAGAUCCUGCCAGCGCCAAUGGCGCACUCCGUGUGAUGGGGAUCAGCUUUCAGAAGGACGAGAACGGGCCCGCGCACCACACGGACGAGUUUGAGGAGAACUUCGUGGUCAGGCGCGGUCAGCCGUUCUCCGUCGGGCUGCUGUUCCACAAGGACUUCAACCAGGAGAACGACAAGCUGGUCAUCGAGCUACAGUUUGGCAACAACCCCCUGCCGAACAAAGGCACCCUGUUAAGGCUGCCUGUGGAAGACGCCCUGAAGGAAGGCGAGUGGAGCGCUGCGGUGGAGAAGGCAGAAGGCCGGAACGUUAAGGUGCAAAUCACGUCACCUGCUGACGCCAUCGUCGGCAGGUAUGCCAUGAUCGCCGAGACGACGUCGGGCGGCAAGAGGUUCCGCAGCGGACAUGUCAUCAAGAGCUCCAUGGUCGUCCUCUUCAACCCGUGGUGCAAAGACGAUCAGACGUACCUGGAUGAUGACGCCAAACUAGAGGAGUACGUGCUGAACGAGCAAGGGUACCAGUACUUUGGGAACAAGAACAACAUCAGCCAGCGGCCCUGGAUCUUCGGACAGUUUGAGCCGGGCAUCCUGGACGUGUGUCUCAUGCUGCUGGAGAUGUCCGGACUCACGGAUAACUCCAAACGGACAGCCGUGUGGGUCAGCAGGGCCAUGUCCAAAAUGGUCAACGCUGACGACGACGGCGGAGUUCUGGUAGGAAAGCCGUUUGGACCGUACUUGGAUGGGACACCUCCCACUAGCUGGAACGGCAGUGUGGAGAUCCUGCUGCAGUGGUACAGAGAGCGCCAGCCGGUCAAGUACGGGGAGUGCCUGAGCCUCUCUGGUGUUCUGACCACAGUGCUCCGUUGUUUGGGCAUCCCGGCCAGAAGCAUCACCAACUUCGACUCGGCAGUAGACAGGGACGCGUCCCUCACUCUGGACGUGUACGUGGAUGACCAGGGCAGGCCUCUGCAGUCGGGCGACAGUAUUUGGAUGUUCCACUUGUGGAACGAGGCGUGGAUGGCCCGGCCUGACCUACCCGUGGGGUACGGAGGCUGGCAGGCGGUGGACUCCACGCCGCAACAAGCCAGCAACGGAGUGAUGCAGUGCGGCCCGUGUCCCGUGGCUGCAAUAAAGAACGGACAAGUCUACCUGCCAUUCGACACCAGGUUCGUGUUCGCCGCUGUGAACGCUGACAGGAUGGUCUUCCAGGUUUAUGAUGAUCCGGAAUACAUGCCGAUCAUUAUAAAGCGUCAUGUGGAUAAGAGCGCUGUCGGCAACAACAUCAGCACCAAGAAAGUGGGCUCUAACGAGAGGGAAGACAUCACCGAGAACUACAAGCAUCCAGAAGGUUCGGACCAGGAGCGGGUGGCAGUCCGCGAGGCCGCGCGGUACGGCUCCAAUCCGGGUGUCUAUGAGGACGUCGUCAAGAAGGCCGACGUGGAGUUUUGGGUCAACACCUUAGCAGAGAUCAAAAUGGGAGAAGACAUCGGGAUCACCCUGUACAUGAAGAACACCAGUACGGAACCUCGUCACGUCACAGUCAGCCUGACGGCCAACGCCUCGUACUACACCGGUGUACCGGCUGCACAAAUAGGAGAGCUGGAGAAGGAGGUUGACCUUGAACCUGGUGGAGGCCUCGUCAGUCCUCAACUCGGCAUCAAGGCUCCAUCGGAGAUGACAGUGGGGCAGCCGCAGCGGGUGACAGUGGAGUUCACUAACCCGUUCGACGUGAAGCUGAAGGAGGCUGUGUUCCGUAUCGAGGGCCCCGGGCUGAAGAGGCCCAAAACCAUUCCCCAUCCCGCCAUCGGACCCGGGAAGACAGUGACUGUGGUGGAAACUGUGACGCCCGUGAAGGCCGGAAAGAAGACCAUCGUGGCCUCCUUCACGUCCGACAAGCUGCAGCAGGUCACCGGGGAACAGGAAGUCGUGGUGAAGCAGGCCUAGUGGUGAAGCAGGGAUAGUGGCUCUGUCCCUGGCCAUUAGUGAUGUUUCAGCAUCAACCGAGAGAAAUGAUGAUUUUCACACUUCCCAUAAUGCAUAGUGCAGGUCACGGAUAUGACGUAAGAAGCGGAUAGACUACAAACAGAACUGACAUGAUGGCAUUUCAGUAGAUAUCCAGUUCUUCUUCUUCUUUCGUUUGGCAUAGUUAUUACUCUUCGUCAUAUAUGUAGGCAAGUUGUUUACAAGCCUAUAUAGCUCACAGUCUCCAAAAUGAUGAAUACCCAGUUGAAUUUCAGCGUUAGGCGUUAGUCGAAAGUGACUUACC